AUGGUGGGAGACGUCUAUCAUCAGCUUAGGAGGUGCAAUACUGGCAAGGCCCCUGGGCCAGAUGGGAUCACUGGAAGGCUGCUCAAGAACUGUGCCAUGGAGCUCUCUCCUGUUCUCCAUUCACUCUUCAAUGAGUCAUUACAGACAACAAAUCUCCCCACCCUCUGGAAAACAGCAACCAUCAUUCCUGUCCCUAAGAAACUCGGCCCUUCUGAGUUGAAUCAUUACAGACCGGCAGCACUUACCUCCAUAAUAGCAAAAUGCCUUGAGAAACUGGUACUGAACAUCAUCCUCCUGGUCAUCUCCCCACAGCCGGAUCCUUACCAGUUUGCCUACAAGGCUAAAAGAGGAACAGAGGAUGCUCUCCUGGACUCUCCUGGCUAUUAUAGAGGGUUGUUAAAUUUACCGCAGGGGCCGUUAUUGAUUGAGCCGGUCCGUGGCCACACCCCAAACGCCACUCAUCCACGACACCCACAUGUGAUCUACCGGAGUCCAGCCUGGAGUGCAAUCAGGCAGCGACGUAGCACUGAUGCACACAGCAUUCAUCAUAGUCCCUGUGGGGUCAAAGAUGGUUCUGAGUUUUCCCAGCAGGUGGAGCAGGAGAGACAGCGCUGGGAGCAGGAGCAGCGCCAGCAGGGUGGGGAUCGUAAUCACGAUCCGCAUCGAGAGUGGGAACGACCACGGAGGAUCUCCCCUCGCUCCAUCAGCAAAGAGCGUUGGGUGGAGACCAUGGUGGUGGGCGACUCCAAACUUGUGGACUACCACGGAAGUGGAAACGUUGAGUCCUACAUCUUUACCAUCAUGAACAUGGUGGCUGGAAUUUUUCACGAUGCCAGCAUCGGUAAUGCUAUCCAUAUUAUACUGGUCCGGCUCAUUCUGCUACACGGAGAGGAGAAAGGGCUGAAGAUCAUUCACCACGCUGAUACGACUCUCAACAGCUUCUGUACCUGGCAAAAAAACCUCAAUCCUCAAAGUGACACUCAUCCUGCACACCAUGAUGUCGCUAUACUCAUCACACGGAAGAAUAUCUGCGCAGGCAUGAAUCAGCCGUGUGAGACGCUGGGCUUGUCUCACCUGUCGGGCAUGUGUCAGCCGCAUCGCUCCUGUAAUAUCAACGAGGACUCAGGGCUACCUGUCGCUUUCACCAUCGCUCAUGAGCUCGGACACAGUUUUGGAAUCCAUCAUGACGGUCAAGGGAAUGACUGUGAGUUAGUCGGGAGGCAUCCCUUCAUCAUGUCCCGUCAGCUCCACUACGACUCCUCUCCUCUCAUGUGGUCCUCCUGCAGCAAGGAGUACAUCACACGCUUUCUCGAUCGUGGUUGGGGUUUCUGUCUGGAUGACCGGCCAUCUAAGAGGGACCUCAGCUCUCCGCUGGCAGCACCUGGAGUGCGAUACACCCCCCAGCACCAGUGCCAGCUGCAGUACGGACCCAACGCCACCUUCUGCUCAGAAGUGGAAAAUGUGUGUCAGAUUCUGUGGUGCUCUGUAAAUGGAUCCUGCCGCUCCAAACUGGACUCGCCGAUAGACGGAACCAGGUGUGGACCUGAGAAGUGGUGUAUCUCUGGUGAGUGUGUGAUUGUAGGGAAGUUACCGGAAACAGUGCAUGGAGGUUGGGGUCCCUGGAGCACCUGGUCUCACUGCUCUCGUACCUGUGGAGCCGGCGUCCAGUCAGCGGACAGGGAAUGCAACCAACCCAAACCUGAGUUUGGAGGCAAAUAUUGUACAGGCGAACGGAAGCGCUACAAAAUUUGCAACACGAAGCCGUGUGCCAGAAAACAUCCCUCCUUUAGAGAGAUGCAGUGCAGUGAAUUUAACACUGUGCCUUACCACAACGAACUCUACGAGUGGAUACCUGUUGCAAGCUCGUCGCGUCCAUGUGAGCUGCACUGCAAGCCUGUGGAUGAGGCCUUUUCUGAGAAGAUUUUGGAUGCGGUUACAGAUGGAACGCCCUGCUUUAUGAACAACAACAGCAGAAACAUCUGUGUCAAUGGUGUGUGCAAGGAGGUGGGUUGUGAUUUUGGCAUCAAUUCUAAUGCUAAAGAGGAUGGCUGUGGCGUUUGUCUUGGUGAUGGAUCCACUUGUGAGACUGUGAAGGAGAACUUUGUGGAGCAAGAUGGAUUUGGUUACACGGACCUAGUUUUGAUCCCUGAGGGAGCUCGGAAUAUCUUCAUACAGGAAGUGGAAGAGGCUGGGAAUUUCCUUGUGAUCCGAGCGGCUGAUUCAGACGAGUAUUACCUCAACGGGAAUUACAUAAUUCAGUGGAACGGAGAGUACGAGGCAGGUGGCACUAAGUUUUACUACGAUCGGACCGGUAAUAUGGAGAAUCUCACCUCAGCAGGACCAACAACUGAACCGGUCAUGAUCCAGCUGUUGUUCCAAGAGGCAAACCCCGGUGUCAAAUAUGAGUACACCAUUAAGAGGAUUCGUUCACUGGGGAACGAAAUUCUGGAACCAGCGCACAUCUGGAAAUAUGGAGCCUGGACUGACUGCAGCACCACCUGUGGGUUUGGUGAGCAGCAUCAGCCCGUGCGCUGUUUUGAGGCAGAGGUUGGUGUGGUCGAGGAAGCACUGUGUGACCCCAGCACACGUCCUGAUGACAGGCAUCGCAAGUGCAAGAACAUGGACUGCCCUGCAAGGUGGUGGGUGGGAGGAUGGCAGACAUGCUCGGCUACAUGCGGUCCAAACGGAGUGAAAAAGCGCACUAUUCUGUGUGUGCGGACUGUGGCCGGAGAGGAGCGGGUUCUUCACCCUGGGGACUGUAAGCAGCUGCUCAAACCCAAACCUGUGGUACCUUGCAACCGAGACGUACCAUGUGGGUCCGAAUGGACUCUGGGGAACUGGAGCGAGUGCUCUCUGUCCUGCGAUGGAGGGAUAAAGUCAAGAGUCGUCAAGUGUGUGGCAAAACAACCCAGCCGGUGCAACCCUGCCAAUCGACCUCGUUCCACGAUCCUCUGUAACCUCCAGAGCUGCUCGUCCACUAACAGAUGGACGGGUUCACGAUUCCGACCUAGAGUCCCUCCUAAAAUCCCAACGCAGGCCCCUGGGACCCAAACACCAGGAUAUAGCACCACUAUCAUGCCUCCAAACACCUCUACUACCAUUACGACCAACACUUGCCCAACAUCCACAACAUCUGACAUAAUCCAUGAAGACGACCAAGACUUUAUCCUGGUGAGGGAUGAUCGCAAAGGUGGUCCUGGAUGGGUUCCAACAAAUACUGAGGACGAGGAGGGAAGCACAGACCUACGCCCUCCGGAUAAAAGCUACACGCCGGGUUAUGAUUACAUAGUAGAAGGUCCAACCGGAGAAGAAAGGGCACACGAGGAUGACAUGUUUACCAGCACACCUGAAGAAGUCUCCACAUCUGCUGUCCCACCAUUGCAUACUAACAUCCCCACAGCAAAACCAGCCACUACUAGUAGAACCCAAUACAAUGAUCAUUUGACAACAUCCCCAGUGUUGCAGAAAACAACAAGCUCAUAUGAACCAAAUACCAUCCCUAACCCUAAAGUGCCACAUUUGAAUACUCAAAGUCCACAAGCAACUGUUCCUACAGUGAAGAUACUGAGAAAAGCCUCACAAACACCAAACAGUCCCAGCAAAGGUAAUGCGCCUAAAACAAGCAGGCAGAAGCCAGAGACGGUGACCACCACGGAUGACUACGGGAACCUGAAUGCACGAGAUCCCGUCAGUAGGAAUGCAUUUUGGAAAGUGGGCAACUGGAGUGAUUGCUCCACUACGUGUGGUCUUGGUGCAGUCUGGCGAUCAGUAGCCUGCAGCUCAGAGCGUGAGGAAGACUGUGCCAGUGUGAAGAGGCCAGAACCUGCCCGACGAUGUAUCCUGCGACCCUGUGCCACCUGGAAGAGUGGUAACUGGUCCAAGUGUCCUGAAGGCUGUGUGACUGAUACGAAGCAUCGAGAAGUGCAGUGCUUCGACACUCAGAGCAGACGUCCAUUGAGGCCUUUUCACUGUCAGGCUCUUUCAUACAAACCAAACAGCAGUUUGCCCUGCAACACCCAGCCCUGCCUGCAGUGGAUGUUCUCACCCUGGGGAGAGGUGCACAAAAUAUGUGGCCGCGGAGUGAAGGAAAGACGUGUGUACUGCCCUGAGUACCAGCACUGCAACGUCACGCUCAAACCCAGCAGCACUGAGUCCUGCAAUCUGCAGCCCUGCACCAGCUGGGCGACUGAAGCCUGGGGUCAGUGCUCCAGAAGCUGUGGUGGAGGCGUUCAGAAGCGAGCGGUGAGGUGCAUAAGUGAGGAAUCCAGCGAGGAAGAAAAGACAUCACUCUGUGCAAAAAACAAUAAACCUGACAGUGUGCAGAACUGCAGCCCAGAGGAGUGUAAAACUGAUUUAGGCCUAGUUUGUAAGAAAAACAGCAUGUCGACACGUUUCUGUGAGAAACUCAAGCUGCUGGGUCGCUGCUCGCUGCACUCGAUCCGCAAGCAGUGUUGUGUCACUUGUCUGAUGUAA